UAGAGAGAGAGAAAAAGGAGGCUUUCGCCUGCAACCUUUCCAAGCCAUACUAAUUCAGUAUUUUUCUAAUUGGGCUGUCUGUCAUACACUGUUGCCUUCACCUUCCAGACCUUCUACAUCAACUAGCUUUUCCUGUUUACUAACCCAUCAAAAACGGCUUCUUUAAGAGCAGCAUGAGCUUUAACCGAGUAUAAUAACAUAUAAGCAUAUCAGCAGAUAUAUUCCAUGUUUCAUUCAUAUUUCCAUCUGGCAUGUUGCUGCUUUAGCUUUCGUCCUUCAGUCGCUCCACCUCCUGUUGUCUUUUUCGCGCCAUCACUCGUCAUAAGCCCCGCCUACACGAUGUCAACUCGCAUCCUGAAGAAGCUUUCUGACCAAUAGAAAGAAGCGACGUUUCUUUUCAGCCAAUCAGAUGAGAGGACGGGCACGUUGUGAUUAAACUCUCGCGGGAAACAGACAGGAAAGAGUUUAGUUUUUCCCGCGAAACAGACGUCAGACAGACUUUGUCGUGAACGGUUCAGAUCCGUCGUUAAUUCGUUUUUAUCAGGGGAAAAAACGAAACAAAACAAAUUUUAAAGUUCAGUUUUGCUUGUUUGUGAUUCGUUCACCGAGCUGUUACAGUAUGUCUGGCUUUGACGACCCCGGAGUUUAUUACAGCGACAGCUUCGGAGGUGGAGAGGGGCCUGGCGUGGAUGAAGGCGGACUGAAGCGCACCCAGAUCAAGAAGCGGUUCCGUGAGUUCCUGCGCCAGUUCAGAGUUGGGACCGACCGAACCGGCUUUACGUUUAAAUACAGAGAUGAGCUGAAGCGACAUUACACCCUGGGGGAGUACUGGGUGGAGGUUGAGAUGGAGGAUCUUGCCAGCUUUGAUGAAGAUUUGUCUGACUGUCUUUACAAGCUGCCGACUGAGAACAUGCCUUUGCUGGAGGAAGCUGCAAAGGAGGUGGCCGACGAGGUGACUCGUCCCCGGCCUGUCGGGGAGGAGACGGUGCAGGACAUCCAGGUUAUGCUGAAGAGUGAUGCCCAUCAUGCUUCUAUACGUAGCCUCAAGUCGGAGCAGGUGUCUCGCCUGGUGAAGGUGCAUGGCAUCAUCAUCUCAGCCACAGCUGUCAAGGCCAAGGCCACCAAGGUGUGCUUGCAGUGUCGCAGCUGUCGCGCUGUUAUCAAAGACAUCCCUCUGCCGCCCGGCCUACAAGGUUACGCUCUGCCGCGCAAGUGCAACAGUGAGAACGCUGGCAAGGUGAAGUGUCCCGUAGAUCCUUACUUCAUCAUCCCGGAUCGCUGCAUUUGUGUCGACUUCCAGACACUCCGCCUGCAGGAGGCUCCAGACGCGGUGCCACACGGAGAAAUGCCCCGUCACCUACAGCUCUACUGCGACAGGUAUCUGUGCGACCGUGUGGUGCCCGGUAACAGGGUGACCAUCAUGGGCAUCUACUCCAUCAAAAAGGUGGCUGCCGCAAAGGCUAAAGGCAGAGAAAAGGGUGUCGGUGUGGGGAUUCGUGCAUCCUACCUGCGAGUGGUUGGCAUUCAGGUGGACACAGAAGGAGCAGGUCGUGGUGCUACUGGAUCAGUAUCUCCACAGGAGGAGGAGGAGCUACGAACUCUGGCUGCUUCUGCUGGCAUCUACAACUCUCUGGCCCAGUCAGUAGCUCCCUCCAUUUACGGCAGCAAUGAUCUGAAAAAGGCCAUUACCUCAUUGCUGUUUGGAGGUUCAAGGAAGAGGCUGCCUGAUGGUCUCACUCGCAGGGGCGACAUCAACCUGCUGAUGCUUGGAGAUCCUGGUACAGCAAAGUCUCAGCUGCUCAAGUUUGUGGAGAGAUGCUCACCAAUAGGGGUUUACACCUCUGGAAAGGGCAGCAGCGCAGCUGGUCUGACCGCCUCUGUGCUGAGGGACCCCAGCACUCGUGGUUUCAUUAUGGAAGGAGGGGCCAUGGUGCUGGCUGAUGGCGGAGUUGUAUGCAUCGAUGAGUUUGACAAGAUGAGAGAGGAUGACAGAGUAGCCAUCCACGAGGCCAUGGAGCAGCAGACCAUCUCCAUCGCUAAGGCUGGCAUCACCACCACCCUGAACUCCCGCUGCUCUGUCCUGGCUGCCGCCAACUCCGUGUUUGGUCGCUGGGACGACACAAAGGGAGAGGACAACAUCGACUUCAUGCCCACCAUUUUGUCCCGUUUCGAUAUGAUCUUCAUCAUCAAAGACCAGCACGACCAGCAGAGAGACAUGACGCUGGCUCGUCACGUGAUGAAUGUUCACCUGAGCGCUCAGACGCAGACCGAAGGAGUCGAAGGCGAGAUUCCCUUGGCCACUUUUAAGAAGUACAUCGCCUAUGCCAGAGCUAAAUGCGGGCCGCGGCUUUCUGCAGCGGCAGCUGAGAAGCUGAAAAACAGAUACGUGGUGAUGAGGAGCGGCGCACGAGACCAUGAGAGGGAGACGGACAAAAGAGCCUCCAUCCCCAUCACCGUCAGGCAGCUGGAAGCCGUUGUUCGCAUCGCAGAAUCUCUGGCAAAGAUGAAGCUGCAGGCUGUGGCUGGAGAAGAAGAGGUGGACGAAGCCCUCAGACUCUUCCAUGUGUCCACUCUGGACGCUGCACUGUCCGGCAGCCUCUCGGGAGUGGAGGGCUUCACUUCUCAAGAGGACCAGGAAAUGAUUUCCCGCAUUGAGAAGCAGCUGAAGAGACGCUUUGCGAUUGGCUCCCAGGUGUCUGAGCACAGCAUCAUCCAGGACUUCACCAAACAGAAAUAUCCCGAGCAUGCCAUCUAUAAAGUCCUCCACCUGAUGCUAAGGAGGGGGGAGCUUCAGCACCGCAUGCAGAGAAAAGUGCUUUAUAGAGUCAAGUAAAGAGAAUUAUUCUCUGUUGUCGUUUGAUGUAAAUAGUUUUGAUUUGUUUGAACUCUUCGGAUAUCUCGGUUUAACCUCUGUUUUGAUAGAAAAUGAUCACGUUAAAGAAUUUAUCUGAAAUGAUGGAUAAAAGGUCACCAUCCAGCUGUUAAUGCUUUGUAUCAGUCUAAAUGUGUUAUUAAAUGUAUUCACAAGAAUAAAUAAAAUAAAUUUCAUCUCA